AUGCCCCGCCGCGAGAUGCCCUAUCAGAGCGAUCAAACUACCGGACCCCUCUGGAAUCUGAUACAUAAGAAAUGCAUGAUUCAGGAUGUCUUCCCAGCCACAUCUUAUCGCGCAAAGCGUCGAGCUGCAACAAUCCUGGACUCUGACGUGGCACGCCUGAGCAAGACAAGGCCGCAACUCGAAGCAACCCUAAUAUGGAAAAUUCGAGCCGAAAAGCCGGUCGCCCAGACAGCCAUCAUUGGUCGGGGUCUACCACACGCCAUAUGCUUGUGA